CGGGCGAGUGAGUGAACGAACGAAGGAAGGAACGCGCGCCGCCGGGUGUAACGAGAGCAGCGGCAGCGCCGGAGCGGAGGAAGCUACUUAAGAAAGAGAGUGAGAAGUCUGGUCUAUCAAGGUGGAUUUAUUUUUCCUACAGCCUUUCCACAAUUGCCUUUUGCAAAAUCUUUGGACGCUCCCCACUGUGCCAUGUUUUGUGGCUCUCACCAUAAGAGGAAUUUGUCUUGAUGAAGAUUCCUAACAUUGGUAAUGUGAUGAAUAAAUUUGAGAUCCUUGGGGUUGUAGGUGAAGGAGCCUAUGGCGUUGUACUUAAAUGCAGACACAAGGAGACACAUGAAAUUGUGGCUAUCAAGAAAUUCAAAGACAGUGAAGAAAAUGAAGAAGUCAAGGAAACCACUUUACGAGAGCUUAAAAUGCUUCGCACUUUGAAACAAGAGAACAUAGUGGAGCUGAAGGAAGCCUUCAGAAGAAGAGGAAAAUUAUACUUAGUUUUUGAAUAUGUGGAAAAAAAUAUGCUUGAAUUGCUAGAAGAAAUGCCAAAUGGAGUUCCACCAGAAAAAGUGAAAAGCUAUAUCUACCAGCUAAUUAAAGCAAUUCAUUGGUGCCAUAAGAAUGAUAUUGUUCAUAGAGAUAUCAAGCCAGAGAAUCUCUUAAUAAGCCACAAUGAUGUUCUGAAGUUGUGUGACUUUGGCUUUGCUCGUAAUCUCUCUGAAGGAAGCAAUGCUAACUAUACAGAAUAUGUGGCUACCAGAUGGUACCGCUCCCCUGAACUCUUGCUUGGAGCCCCUUAUGGAAAGGCUGUGGAUAUGUGGUCUGUAGGCUGUAUCCUGGGGGAGCUGAGUGAUGGGCAGCCCUUGUUUCCUGGAGAGAGUGAGAUUGACCAGCUCUUUACCAUUCAGAAGGUGCUAGGCCCUCUGCCAGCCGAGCAGAUGAAGCUUUUCUAUAGCAACCCACGCUUCCAUGGCUUGCGGUUUCCAGCAGUCAAUCACCCACAGUCUUUAGAGAGAAGAUACUUGGGAAUUUUAAGUGGUGUAUUGCUUGAUCUUAUGAAGAACUUACUGAAGUUAGAUCCAGCAGAUAGAUAUUUGACAGAACAAUGUUUGAACCAUCCUUCGUUUCAAACCCAAAGACUCUUGGAUCGCUGUGGAAGCUCACCUUCACGGUCAGCUAAGAGAAAACCUUACCACGUAGACAGCAACACAUUGUCUAACAGAAAUCAAGCCAGCAAAAGCUCUGCUUUGCAGUCACACCACAGAUCUAACAGCAAGGAUAUACAGACUCUAGGGGUUGGCGGGCCAAGAGAAGAAGGUCUUCCAGCAAAUGAAAGCUUUUUAAAUGGAAACCUUUCUGGAGCUGCACAUAGUCCAAUGCAUACAAAAAAGUCAAGCAACACACCUGGGUCUGGCAACAAGGAUCUAGCCAAUAAUAACAUGCCACAUCUUCUCAGCCCAAAGGAAACAAAGGCAAAAACUGAAUUUGAUUUUAAUGUGGACCCAAAAAGUUCUGAUGGUUCAGGCACAAAGUACCUGAAGUCUAACACCAGAUCUCAACAGAAUCGGCACUCAUUCAUGGAAACUUCUCAGAGCAAAACUGGGACACUGCAAGCCGGCGACAAGCACAGUCGCCACAGCUAUAUUGAUACUAUCCCACAGUCUUCAAAGAGUCCUUCAUAUCGGACAAAGUCCAAGAGCCACGGGGUUCUGACAGACUCGAAAUCCGUGGGCAACCUUUCUGAGGCCAGGGCCCAAGCUGCAGAACCAAACAGCAGUAGGUAUUUUCCAUCCAGCUGUAUGGACUUGAAUUCUCCUACCAGUCCAACUGCUCCCCGACACGGCGAUAAUAGAACUUUGCUCAGUCCGUCUGGGAGGAAUAACCGCAGCGAGGGUACCCUGGACACACGAAGACCAUCAACAAGACACUCCAAAACAAUGGAGGAGUUAAAACUGCCAGAUCACAUGGAUGGAAGCCAUUCCCACUCUCUGUCUGCUCCACAUGAAUCUUUUUCCUAUGGUCUAGGUUAUACCAGUCCUUUUUCUUCACAGCAGCGCCCUCAUAGACACUCUAUGUAUGUGAGCCGGGACAGAGUGAGGUCAAAGGGCUCAGAGGGUGGCUUAAGCAUAGGGCAAGGGAUGGCAGCCAGAGCAAACAGCCUGCAACUGUUAUCUCCACAGGUGCAGCAUAAGUCACUCACAAGAUCUGUUGGCUCAUCACGAGAAGACUGUACGGAAGAUACUAAUAGGGGUGGAGCAUAUCAUGAUCCACACACAGAAGAUGGAGCAUCUACUAAGGAAAAUAGAAUUCUGUAUAAUGACCCUGUUCCGAGAAGAGUUGGCAGCUUUUACAGAGUUCCAUCUCCGCGUCCAGAGAGUACGUACAUAGAAAACAAUGUGUCAAACCGAGCCUCUGUGUUACCAGCAGACAGCAGCACGGUGGCAAACCACUCAAAGAGACAAACCACCUUUGAUACUUGGAAAAGUCCUGAAAACCUUAACAGUCACUCAGAACAGCUCAAGGAGAAAGAAAAGCAAGGUUUUUUCAAGGCAAUAAAAAAGAAAAAGAAGAAAUCUCAAACUACAGACUCAACCAACGGGGAGAAUCCAAGCAUCAAGAAAUCCCUCUUUCCUCUUUUUAAUUCAAAGAAUAAUUUAAAGCAUAGUUCUUCUUUGAAAAAGCUUCCUGUAGUCACCCUACCCAUGAUGCCUAGCAGCGAUGGUCAGGAUCUCUUAGCAUUACAGAAAGCCAUUCAUUCUUCUAAUCACCAGAGCAGCAGGCAGAAGGACUGGCAUCCUGAGAAGAUGACAGAAAUCCAGCCUCAUAGCCAGCCAUUAAAAUCUCUUCGAAAGUUCUUACACCUCUCCUCUUCAAAUCACCCUGUCCCAGCUGAGCCUCGUUUCCAGCCCUUACCAAGUCAGCCAGCCAAAGCUUCCUUUCCAGAGGUGCGAAUUCACCCCAUGAGUCAAAGCUCCAGCAGCGGCAGCAGCAACGUGCGGCAGGAGCCUCAGGCGAAGAGCAGGCCGACGCUGCAGAUCCCGAGCCAGCUGGAGCCCACCUGGCACGUCUCCCCUGUCAACAGGAGCGCGAGUGACGGACCCCCCUACUCCGACCAGCUGCCUUCCAAGAGCGGACAGAAUGGGCACACUUAUAACCGAACAAACCGGUUGCGGAUGCCAAACCUGAACGAUUUGAAAGAGACGGCCUUGUAA